UCGCAGCAGUUGACAGGUUUGUGUGAUUGCUUGCCCAUCUGAAGAUCUGUCAUCUGGAACAGGGGCCCAAUCUUACCAACAUUCAGAACUAUUCCACAUUCACUUAUUCAUUCGUUCUGGCGACAUUUAUAAUCAUUCACGCUAUCAAAAUCACUGGAAAAGAUUACCUGGAGAGUGCAGACUGGUGCUUGAGCCCAGCACAUUAGACGCGGCAUCGUACCAGUUGGCAUCCUGUGAGAGCGGGGCGGCGCCGCUCCGGCCGCCACCAUGGCAGCCAUGACCGGCGACUCGAAGGCGCCUCUGCGCGAGGUGAAGCGAAUUCAGUUCGGCAUCCUCAGUCCGGACGAGAUCCGGCGGAUGUCGGUGACAGAGGGCGGCAUCAAGUACCCGGAAACGAUGGAGGGCGGCCGACCCAAGCUGGGCGGUCUCAUGGACCCCCGGCAGGGUGUCAUCGACCGACUGUCGCGCUGCCAGACCUGCGCCGGCAACAUGACAGAAUGUCCAGGACACUUUGGCCAUAUCGACCUGGCCAAGCCUGUGUUCCACCCGGGCUUCCUCACAACCACCAUCAAAGUGCUGCGCUGUGUGUGCUUCUACUGCUCGAAGCUGCUCAUUACGCCGACCAACCCCAAGAUCAAGGAGAUUGUGCUAAAGUCGAAGGGUCAGCCGAGAAAGCGCAUGACCCACGUCUACGAUCUCUGUAAAGGAAAGAACAUUUGCGAAGGUGGUGACGAAAUCGACUUGCAGAAGGAGGGCAGUGCUGACGAUCCGAACGCCGCAAAGGGGCACGGAGGCUGCGGACGCUACCAGCCCCGCAUCCGGCGCUCCGGACUCGACCUGACGGCCGAGUGGAAGCACGUCAACGAGGACUCGCAAGAGAAGAAGAUCAACUUGACCGCCGAGCGUGUGUACGAGAUCUUCAAGCACAUCUCUGACGAGGAGUGUUUCCUGGUGGGCAUGGACCCCAAGUUCGCGCGUCCAGACUUCAUGAUCAUCACCGUGCUGCCGGUGCCGCCACUCUGUGUCAGGCCCGCGGUCAUGAUGUUCGGAUCGGCCAAGAACCAGGACGAUCUGACCCACAAACUGGCCGACAUCAUCAAGGCCAACAACGAGCUCAUCAAGAACGAAUCGGCUGGUGCGGCGGCUCACAUCAUCCUGGAGAACCACAAGAUGUUGCAGUACCACGUCGCGACGCUGUCAGACAAUGACAUGCCGGGUCUGCCGCGUGCCAUGCAGAAGAGUGGAAGGCCUCUCAAAGCGAUCAAGGCACGGCUCAAGGGCAAGGAAGGUCGCAUUCGAGGAAACCUCAUGGGAAAGCGUGUUGACUUUUCGGCGCGAACUGUCAUCACAGCCGAUCCCAACCUGCGCAUCGACCAGGUGGGCGUGCCCAAGACCAUCGCGCUGAACCUGACGUACCCGGAGAUCGUGACGCCGUUCAACAUCGACAAGAUGCAGGACCUUGUGAAGCGUGGCAACAACCAGUACCCGGGCGCCAAGUACAUCAUUCGCGACAACGGCGAGCGUAUCGACCUGCGGUUCCACCCGAAGCCCUCAGACCUGCAUCUCCAGUGUGGCUACAAAGUGGAGCGUCACAUCAUCGACGGAGACCUGGUUAUCUUCAACCGGCAGCCGACCCUCCACAAGAUGAGUAUGAUGGGUCACCGCGUCAAGGUGUUACCGUGGUCCACAUUCCGAAUGAACCUCAGUGUGACAUCGCCGUACAACGCCGACUUCGACGGCGACGAGAUGAACCUCCAUGUGCCACAGUCGAUGGAGACCCGUGCCGAGAUCGAGAACAUGCACGUCACACCUCGGAUGAUCGUCACACCGCAGUCCAACAAACCAGUCAUGGGUAUCGUGCAGGACACCCUGACGGCUGUGCGAAAGAUGACCAAGCGUGACGUGUUCCUGGAGAAGGAGGAGAUGAUGAACAUGCUCAUGUUCCUGCCGACGUGGGACGGCAAGAUUCCCGUGCCGGCCAUCAUCAAGCCGCGACCGCUCUGGACUGGCAAGCAACUCUUCUCGCUGAUCAUCCCCGGGAACGUCAACAUGGUGCGAACGCACUCAACACAUCCGGAUGACGAGGACUCCGGCCCGUACAAGUGGGUUUCGCCUGGUGACACCAAGGUCCUGGUAGACAACGGCGAGCUCAUCAUGGGCAUCCUGUGUAAGAAGUCGCUCGGAGCGUCAGCAGGAUCGCUGCUGCAUAUCUGCUGGCUUGAACUGGGCCACGACAUCGCCGGCCACUUCUACCACGACAUCCAGUCGGUGGUCAACGCCUGGCUGCUGUACGAGGGUCACUCGAUCGGUAUCGGUGACACCAUCUCGGACCCGGACACCUACUCUGACAUUCAGAACACCAUCCGCAAGGCCAAGGAGGACGUGAUACAGGUGAUCGAGAAGGCGCACAACGACGAGCUCGAGCCGACGCCCGGUAACACGCUGCGUCAGACCUUCGAGAACCAUGUGAAUCGCAUCCUCAACGACGCCCGUGACAAGACCGGUGCCUCGGCCAAGAACUCCCUCGGAGAGUACAACAACCUCAAGGCUAUGGUGGUCGCCGGAUCCAAGGGUUCCAACAUCAACAUCUCACAGGUUAUCGCUUGUGUGGGUCAACAGAACGUCGAAGGAAAGCGAAUCCCGUUCGGCUUCCGGAAGCGGACGCUGCCUCACUUCAUCAAGGACGACUACGGUCCCGAGUCGAGAGGCUUCGUCGAGAACUCGUACCUCGCCGGUCUGACGCCCACCGAGUUCUACUUCCACGCCAUGGGAGGUCGUGAGGGUCUCAUCGAUACUGCUGUCAAGACAGCCGAAACUGGUUACAUCCAGCGACGUCUGAUCAAGGCUAUGGAGUCUGUCAUGGUCAACUAUGACGGUACACUGCGAAACUCCGUGGCCCAGCUGGUGCAGCUUCGUUAUGGCGAGGACGGACUAGCUGGAGAGUUUGUCGAGUUCCAGAGCCUGCCGACCAUCAAGCUGUCGGACGCGGCGUUCAAGCGCAAGUUCAAGUUCGAGACGACUAACGAGCGCCAGCUGCGCCGCGUCUUCCAGGAGGACAUCGUGCGCGACCUGAUGGGAUCGGGAGAGAUCAUCGGCGAACUGGAGCGAGAAUGGGAGACGCUCUCCAGGGACCGACAGGAGCUGCGACAGAUCUUCCCCACUGGAGAGAGCCGCGUCGUACUGCCCUGCAACCUGGAGCGCAUGAUCUGGAACGGCCAGAAGAUCUUCCACAUCAAGAAGACGGAGCCGACGGAUCUCAGUCCGCUCAAAGUGCUGGAAGGUGUGCGCACUCUGCUCUCGCGCUGUGUCGUUGUGCGCGGAGAGGACCGUCUAUCGAAGACGGCCAACGCCAACGCCACCAUCCUGUUCUCGUGUCUGGUGCGCUCGACGCUGUGCACGCGACGUGUCGCCGAGGAGUACCGGCUGAGCUCCGAGGCGUUCGAGUGGCUGAUCGGCGAGAUCGACACCCGCUUCCACCAGGCGAUGGUGAACCCCGGAGAGAUGGUGGGCGCGCUGGCGGCCCAGUCGCUCGGAGAGCCCGCCACUCAGAUGACCCUGAACACAUUCCAUUUCGCCGGUGUGUCGUCCAAGAACGUAACACUCGGUGUGCCGCGACUCAAGGAAAUCAUCAACAUCAGCAAGAAGCCCAAGGCUCCUUCGCUGACAGUGUUCCUGACGGGCGCCAGCGCGCGUGACGCCGAAAAGGCCAAGAGUGUGCUGUGUCGCCUGGAGCACACCACGCUGAGGAAGGUGACGGCGAACACGGCCAUCUACUACGACCCCGACCCGCAGAACACGGUGAUCGCCGAGGACCAGGAGUUUGUCAACGUCUACUAUGAGAUGCCCGACUUCGACCCGACGCGGAUCUCGCCCUGGCUGCUGCGCAUCGAGCUCGACCGCAAACGGAUGACCGACAAAAAGCUGACCAUGGAGCAGAUCUCUGAGAAGAUCAACGCCGGCUUCGGCGACGACCUCAACUGCAUCUUCAACGACGACAACGCCGAGAAGCUGGUGCUGCGCAUCCGCAUCAUGAACUCGGACGACUCCAAGUUCUCGGACGAGGACGAGCAGAUGGACCGCAUGGAGGACGACAUGUUCUUGCGCUGCAUCGAGUCCAACAUGCUCAGUGACAUGACCCUGCAGGGUAUCGAGUCCAUCAGCAAGGUGUACAUGCACCUGCCGUCCACCGAGAACAAGAAGCGUAUCGUCAUCACCGAGACCGGAGAGUUCAAACACAUCGCCGAGUGGCUGCUCGAGACGGACGGAACGUCGCUCAUGAAGGUACUCAGCGAGCGAGACGUCGACCCGAUCCGUACUUUCUCCAACGACAUCUGCGAGAUCUUCUCCGUGCUCGGUAUCGAAGCCGUGCGCAAGUGUAUCGAGAAAGAGAUCAACACGGUGCUACAGUUCUACGGACUGUACGUCAACUACCGUCACUUGGCGCUGCUGUGCGAGGUCAUGACCUCUAAGGGUCACCUGAUGGCCAUCACCCGUCACGGCAUCAACCGACAGGACACCGGCGCGCUCAUGAGGUGCUCGUUCGAGGAGACGGUCGACGUUCUGAUGGACGCCGCCUCGCACGCCGAGGUGGACCCUCUGCGCGGAGUCUCCGAGAAGAUCAUGCUGGGCCAGCUGGCCGGCAUUGGCACAGGCUGCUUCGACCUACUGCUGGACGCAGACAAGUGCAAACACGGCAUCGAGAUCCCGAUGACGCUGGGCGCCGGCAUGGGCGUCGGCAUGUUCUUCGGCUCGGCGGCCACGCCUGGCUCGGGCAUGUCGCCAGUGAUGACGCCGUGGAACCAGGGAGCGACGCCCGCGUACGGUAGUGUCUGGUCGCCUGGUAUGGGUAGCGGUAUGACGCCUGGUGGACCCGGCUUCUCCCCGAGUAGUAGUAGCGAUGCGUCGGGUCUGUCGCCCGGGUACUCGCCCGGCUGGUCGCCGCAGCCCGGCAGCCCUGGAGGAGGGAUGUCGCCGAGCUACAGCCCAAGUUCGCCCGGAUACGUGCCGGCCUCGCCCAGUCUGGGACCGACCAGUCCGAACUACAGUCCCACCAGUCCUGGGUACAGCCCGACCAGUCCCAACUACAGCCCAACGAGCCCCAGCUACAGCCCGACUAGUCCCAACUACAGCCCGACCAGUCCCAGUUACAGUCCCACCAGCCCGUCGUACAGCCCGACUAGCCCGAGCUACUCGCCAACUAGUCCGAGCUACAGUCCGACCAGUCCAUCAUACAGCCCGACAAGUCCUAGCUACUCACCAACCAGUCCGAGCUAUUCGCCGACGAGUCCUAGCUACUCGCCCACGUCUCCGUCAUAUUCGCCAACAAGUCCGUCGUACAGUCCAACGAGUCCCAGCUACUCGCCAACGAGCCCUAGCUACUCACCGACCAGUCCCAGCUAUUCGCCGACGAGUCCGAGCUACUCGCCGAGCUCACCAAACUACAGUCCAUCCUCUCCGGGCUACAGUCCCACGAGUCCCAGCUACUCGCCAACAAGUCCGAGCUAUUCGCCCACAUCGCCGCAGUACUCGCCUCAGAGUCCGAGUUACUCGCCUAGCUCGCCCAAGUACUCUCCCACGAGUCCGAGUUACUCUCCGAGCUCGCCGAAAUACAGCCCGACGAGCCCGACAUACAGCCCAGCCUCACCGGCUUACAGUCCGAGCUCGCCCAAGUACAGCCCGACAAGUCCCAAGUACUCCCCGACAAGUCCUACUUACUCCCCGACAUCACCCUCGUACAGCCCGAGCUCACCCAAGUACAGCCCCACCAGUCCCAAGUACUCCCCAACGAGCCCGACCUACUCGCCUGGCUCGCCAACCUACAGCCCGACCAGCCCGGGCUACUCCCCGACGAGUCCCAAGUACUCGCCAACAAGCCCGACGUACAGCCCCACCACCCCGGGCUAUUCUCCGACAAGCCCGACCUACAGCCCCACCAGUCCGGGCUACGAGAGCGAAGAGGAGGAGCGCAACAGAAGGCGUUAGACGGACAGACUCUUACCAAACACUUCUUACAUUUCUACUCAGCGUCAUCUCUCACACCAAACACGCUAUUUUCGUAUUUCGCCCGCCGGCCGUCAGAGGUCGCUGCGUACGCCGUGAGAUGGCGGUGGUAGCGCGCUCGUUGGUCCUGGGAGGGUCUGCGUAAAGCCCUCCACAGUCGGGUGUCGCUAGAUGCGGAGUGUGGGAACAUCCCGAGACCCGGUGGCUGCCUGAAGUGCGCAGGCGCGGAGGAGAACCACCCAAGUGGGUCCGGGCUCUUAGUUGCUCUUUGAAAUGUGACGCCCAAGUGGGUUCCACCAUUGUGAUGUGGACUUUUAUAGUUGUAGCGCGCGGUUGCGAUGUUGUUUCGGCGUGCAGUGAGCACGCCUACCGUCGGCUGUUCUGAUUGGUGAACGUAUGUGACGUCGCAGGCUGCCGAUGUCCUGAUUGGUGGAUGUGUGUGACGUGGCGGUCUGCCGGCGCUCUGAUUGGCUGAUCAGCUGUGACCCAGUCCGUGUCACGCUGAUCGCCGCGGUGCAGGGACAGUGCUGGAGCGGACAGGGACCCGCGGCAGUAAUUUAAGGCCCGUUAGAUACAGACUGGGCGCUCAGAUGACAUGUGUCAUGUGUGAUGUCAUGGCCCAAUACAAGUCGAAAAUGAC